UCAGCAUUAAGAAAAUGCCUAAACGAACAUAAUUUAUGAAUCUCGAUUUCUUCGCUAUUUGCAACGAAGAUAAAAAAAUGCACAUUUCGAUUGGUCCGUUAGGUAUUAUCUCGGUAGUACGUUGAUGGCCAACUCAAGCUGUUCAUAACGAAACUUCUGCUGACUAAAAACUGAACUGUCCAUCAAUUUUCAAAUAUUUUCUUAAUGCUUUUUGGUGAUUUCAUCUAACUCUAUUCUCCCACGCAAUAGGGCCAAAAGAAUUCAACUGGGAUUUGGUUAAUCUCUCCUUUAUUAGUUAGAAAUUCCAGUGGUAUAUAUAUAGGCCAUUGCAUCGUAUCCAAUCGGCAAGUCAUUACAAACACUAGACUUCAGAUUUCAGUUUGUCUCUUGUUCAGUCCCCCACCUUUUUUUUUGUGCCUCAAAAAGAGCCUUCUUGUCCGUUCCUUUCUUUGUCUCUUCGUUAAGGAUUCAAUCAAAACACAUUUUGCCAAAAAAUUAUGGGGCGAGCCAUGUUGCUAUUCUUGAUCUAUUCAUUUUUUGUUUUGGUCUGUUCGUCAUUUGCUUCUGCUGCAAUUGUUGAGCACACAUUUAACGUAACUAUUCUUGAUCUUAUUCGCAUUUUAAUUGUUUUGCAUGCAUUCACAGUUCUCUUUCUCCGAGAAUGCUCCGGCUAAAAUUUGAACACUUUAAUUUCGUAAUGACAUUUAUAAAUUGUUUUGUGAACAAGAUUAAUGAUUAUGUGCAUGAAAGCUUCGAAUUUAGACUACGUAUCCCCUUCUUCAUACGAAUAAUUUUAUUUAUUCAUCUCCUAGUCAUUAAUCCUUGUACAUGCAGGUACAAAAUUUGACGGUGAACCGCUUAUGUCAGAACCGAGUAAUUACUGCAGUCAAUGGACAGUUACCGGGACCAACGCUCCUCAUACAAGAGGGUGACACCCUAGUAAUCCAUGUUAAUAACAAUUCUCCUUAUAACAUCACCAUUCAUUGGCAUGGAAUAUUUCAAAAAUUGACCGCGUGGGCCGAUGGACCUGACUAUGUAACUCAAUGUCCUAUCCGUCCUGGACGUAGCUAUACCUACAGGUUCACCGUUACCGGACAAGAAGGAACUCUGUGGUGGCACGCUCACGUUUCUUUUCUCCGGUCAACAGUCUAUGGGGCAUUGAUAAUCCGACCCAGAUCCGGUCGUAGUUACCCUUUCCAACAACCCGACGGCGAAUACCCAAUUGUCCUAGGCGAGUGGUGGAAUGCGAAUGUUGUAGACGUAGCAAACCAGGCCCAAGCCUCCGGAGGAGCUCCGAAUAACUCCGAUGCAUUCACUAUUAAUGGUCAACCUGGCGACCUCUUCCCCUGCUCUUCUGGCAGUACCACCAGAAUCAAUGUAAAACAGGGAAGAACGUAUCUCUUGCGCAUCGUCAAUGCUGCACUCAAUAGCCAACAUUUCUUCAAGAUCGCCAAUCACAAGUUGACCGUUGUUGCCGUCGAUGCUGCCUAUACUAAUCCAUACGUCACGGACGUGGUCGUCAUCGCUCCCGGUCAAACCACCGACGUCCUGUUGACCGCCGAUCAGAAGCCGGGAUUGUACUACAUGGCAGCCCGUCCUUACGCUAGCGCCCCCGUUUCGGCAGACAACUCAACCACCACCGCAAUAUUGGCUUACCAAGGAGCCUCGACGGCACCAACUUUGGUGAUGCCCGUCUUGCCGGCCCUUAACGAUACCCCAACUGCGCAUAAAUUCUACACCAAUUUGACCGGACUUGUUACCUCUCCGUUCUGGACCGGAGUUCCGACCGAAGUUGACAAGCACAUGUUUAUUACCGUGGGCUUAGGUUUAAUUCCUUGCCGGAACAACAGCUGCGCCGGUCCGAAUGGGCAGAGAUUUGCCGCCAACAUGAACAAUGCAUCUUUCCAGUUGCCCACCAAGAUGUCAAUACUUCAAGCGUUUUUUCAAAAUGUGAACGGAAUUUACACCACGGAUUUCCCGAGGCAACCUCCGGUCAAGUUUGACUAUACAAACACCGGCCUCAGUGGUAACCCAAAUCUCAUAUUCACCACAAAGUCAACCAAAGUGAUUAAGCUUAAGUAUAACACCACGAUUGAGAUUGUGUUGCAAAAUACUGCCAUACUUACCACGGAAAACCACCCUAUACAUCUCCACGGCUUCAACUUCUUCGUUUUGGCUCAAGGAUUCGGUAAUUACAAAGCUUCUAGGGAUAGUAAGAAGUUCAAUUUGGUCAACCCACAAGAACGUAACACCAUAGGCGUGCCCGUUGGUGGUUGGGCUGUCAUUAGGUUCCAGGCAAACAAUCCAGGUGUGUGGUUCAUGCAUUGUCACUUGGAUCAACACUUGCCGUGGGGAUUAGCCACUGCUUUUGUAGUUGAGAAUGGGCCAACUCCUUCAACAACGCUGCCUCCUCCUCCGCAUGAUUUCCCAACUUGCUGAUUAUAAAUGAUAAUAAUUUUGCAGUCAACUGAAGAUUGGAAGGGCGACGAUUGUGGCCAAUUAUUUGAUUGUUUACUUCUACCAAUAUUGAUUUCUUCUCCUCUGAGUGUGGUACUAGAUUCCAUCAUUCAUUCAUUACUUUCGAUCCAGAUUCAUGAUGGUGUAAGCGUGACAAUAGUUUUUGUUGUAGUGUAUACCAAGGUGAUGUAAUUGGUUUGCAACUUUAUGAAGCUUGAUGAUUAUAAGUUUUGGUUAAGUAACAACGAAUUUACUAUUAUCUUAUUGUAUCAUUCAAAAAUUAAAGACAACAUUUUUUUAAAAAAAAAAUAUAAUAUGUAAGCUUGUAUUAGCACUUCUCAACAAUCAAUUUACAACCACC